GAUUUAUAUUCGUCUUAAAUCAUGAUUAUAUGAUGGGUAUGUUGCAAGUUAUAUAUCUGAUAACAGGAUGUUUGUACUAUGUGAUUUUAGUAAACAUGAGUUAUGUUUUCGAAAAUAAGUGUUACCUUCAAUAUGCAUGCCUAUGUGCCUUAUAUGAAUUAACUUGUUUGUUGUC